UGGAUGGAUAGCAACGUCUCCGCAGCAGCAGCAGAAGCAUGUGAAUUUUCGACAUUGCCACAUUUUGAAUGAGUUGAAUUUAGGAUUGUGCGACCAGUCCAGAUAGCUGCUGAGCGUCCGUCCAGUGAGCUGCAGACAGACACACAGGCAGUCAUGAUGGAGUCUAUCUUAGACAGUUUGGCGGCAGAGAAACUCUACCCGGCCGGCGGCACCAACCUGUUGGACCUGGAGGAACUCAGCGAAGGGGAUUUCCUCACUAAUGUGCCUUUCUCAGGUGACCAGAUGGACGACUUCAGCAGUGAAUUAUUCAGCAGUUUUUUUGACGACCAUCUAUUAGAGCGGCCCCUUCUGGCAGACAGACCUUCGCCGUUACACAUGGACAUAGAGGACAGCAGCCCAGAUAUUCAAGCAGAACACAGCUACUCUUUAAGCGAAGACUCCGCCCCCCAGAGCCCAGCCCUGUCAAUCCAAAUGGACCAUGAGUCUGAGUUUGAAUGGAGCUUCAGUCAGGACCUGUCGGCCAUCUUGGUGAAACAGGAGGAGCCGGAUGUGGGUCAAAGGUUAGAUCCUCAGCCUCUCGAAGGCCCGCCUCUCAUAUUAAGCGCUGCCCCCCCACACAGAGGGUCGCCAUGGAAACACACGGAGCCCAGUCAAGACAGCGGGAAGCCAGUCGCCAUCAAAAACGAACCCAGAGAGAUUGGACAGUACCUCAGCCUGCCCACCGACGACGCUCUCCAGCUCCCGCCCACCCCGCCCAGCAGUAACCACGGCGACAGCGACGGCUCCCUCCCUCCGUCCUCGCCGCACCUCGCUCUGCCACCGUCUUCCCCUCAACCACAACAGAGGCCAGGAGGUCGAGCCUCUUCCUCCUCCUCCUCCUCCUCCACCUCCUCUUCCACAGCCAUCUCUUCCUCACCUCUCCUCACUGCGCCGCAUAAGCUGCAGGGUUCAGGACCCCUCUUGCUGACAGAAGAAGAGAAGAGGACCCUGGUUGCUGAGGGCUACCCAGUACCCAACAAACUUCCUCUCACGAAGAGCGAAGAGAAGGCGCUGAAGAGGGUCCGACGGAAGAUUAAGAACAAGAUCUCCGCUCAGGAGAGUCGGAGGAAGAAGAAAGAGUACGUGGAAUGUCUGGAGAAAAAGGUGGACAGCUACACGUCAGAAAACAGCGACCUGUGGAUAAAAGUAGAAAACCUGGAGACCGCCAACAGGUCUCUCCUUCAGCAGCUCCAGAAGCUUCAGUCGUUGGUUUCAGGAAAGGUGAUCCCCCGCUCUUGUAAAAUGGCCUCCACUCAAACAGGGACAUGCCUCAUGAUGGUGGCCGUGUGUUUCAUCCUGGUGCUGGGCUCCUUCUCUCCUUGCCUCUCCCCUCUCUCCUUCCUCACUCACACCUCCUCUUUGUCCUCCUCCUCCUCUUCCUCCCAUCCGUCCUCUCCUCCACUUCCGACGGCGGACCUCUACACCACCAGUCAGGUCCGUUCCCGCAGCCUGCUCUUCUACAACGAAGAGGCUCCAUUGGAGGAGAGUUUAGUGACAUCAGAACAGGGGCGGCUACAGUCAGACCACAUCCAGACAAGCCGAUACACAGCUGACGCUGACAGCAGCAACCAGACAGCUGGGCCCGAGUCAGACCGGAGAGAAACAAAACCAGAAGGAGUCUCCGAGGUUUACGACACAGCCUGACGGCUCCUCCCAUGACUUCUAACCUCGAACCCCCUUUAAAAAGCCCGAAACCUCCAGAUUCCUCUGCCAAACUGGACCAGAAUCUCAGUCCACCAUCACCCCUUCUAGUGAGACACGGGACAAGACCUCCUUCAGUCCUCCACAGUCGGUAUUCUGCCUGCACGACACGCGGCGCUCCACGUAAACGGACUCUGCUACACCUGAAUAGACUUGAUUUUAAAGAGACCAUCUUAUUGAAAUUCCAACUUUUAUGCAUUCAAAUAUAGUAUCUGUUAAUACUUCAUUCAAAAAAAGUCGUGAAGAAUAUUUUAGAUACAUUAAACAUAGGGCCUUAAAUAUGAUAAUAUAGAAAAUAUCACCACAAACUAGUGCGACCGUUCGCCAAAAAGAAGGCCGAUAUGAGCCACUGAAGCUGUGAUCAUGUGAAAAGAGUUUUAUCUCAUCUUGUCAUGACAGACCUGAAGAAACAUCCUUUUUGCUUUACGGGAAAUGUGGUCUUAAUGUUGUGAGAUACACCGAACGAUACACCUGUUGAGAAAUCAUGAACAUAAAUACAUGUAAAUGGAUACUUGACAGACCACUGUGGGAGUUUAUGUGAUGUAUUUGAGGUAUUAUAUGUAUUUUACUUCCAAGGCGCUCUUUGUUUUUAUUUUUUAACCAGUCACACACCGUAUGUUGACAAAGGGCUGCAACUAACGAUUAGUUUGGUUAUUUUUGUGAUCAAUCAAUUAAUCCUCACAUUAGAGAAGCUGGAACUAGAGUUUUUUUUCUUGAUUCCUUUUCUGUCAAUCAACUAAUGGAAGAAUCGUUAGUAACAGCACAUAAUGAACGCAACAUGUGGUGCUACUAACAUGUUAAAAAACUAAAUCAUGGAAAUGAACACAUCCUUUUUAAAAGGAGGCUGUGCCAUUUUAAAAGUGCCUUCCACUUCAGAAAUAUGACCAACUCGGCCUUAAAGCUAAAGCCCACACACGCAGCUACAAACCUGGAAAUGUAACUCGAACUAGAUUACAUCCCAUUUACUUUUAAACAAUCAUAAACUGGAUCAAUGUUCAGGAUUUAUGUGGGGGGGGGAAAUACUUUAUUUCACAUGCCUGGCAAACCAUAUAGUACGUUAUAUUUUUCCACUUUUUAAAUUCAUCUCUGAAGUUCAAAUCCAGCAUCAUUUGGGAAAUAUCUUCACACCAAAGGACUGUUAAAGGGGUCCUGACAGAGGUUAGGAAACAUGACAUAAAAGUAUUUUUAUGGGAUUAAAAAUUGUAUAUGUAAUAUAUUUGCAGCAUCAAAAAAAGAGCAUAUUUAAUUUAUGCAACACAAAAAAAAGAAAUACUGAACGUGUUUUUAAAGUUAGUUAUCUUGUUAUGUUUUUCUAAAUAAUGUUUACAAAAAAAACCCAAAAUACAACUUAUAAUAUAUUCAGAGCAUCAAAAAAAGAGCAUAUUUAUUUUAUGCAAGAAAAAAAAAAAAGGAAUUGUAUGUUGUGUUUUGGCCUUUAGGAUGAUGAAGUUUUACACGAUGGUGUGUAGUUGACAUGCUGUUUGAUGGAGUGUAAAACUUUGACAUGAUCUGUUUGUGUCUUUUAACUGUAAUACAGUGUUUAUGUUUCAUUGCUGUCGCAUGAAAAGCUACGAAGGUCUUUUUUGUUCCCUCAUGAAUUUAAAAAACGCCGUUAGCGUGUACAAUCAAACUCAUUUUUAGCCACAGAAAUUUUUAAUGAAAACAUUUGACAUUAGCGCCUCAUGUAGAUAUUUCCCUGUCAUAAAUUCAUACUCAAAACGAAGCAGCGGAGGAAACAUCUCAAACGCAGAUGCUCGAUGUGCUCAUGCGACAGCAGUGUGUGUUGUAUUUAUUCCUGUUUGUAGAAAGUGUGUAUAUAUUGAUGAAGCCAAUCAGGGGACUAAUACAUUCCAGGAACUAAAACACCACUAGCUUUGUUCUCGCCACAAUCUGAAGGAACAUCGGGACAUUUACAAAAAGUCUUUCUUCACCACUAUUCUGAAAAUGUGAGAGAAAUCCAGUCCAAAUCAUUGAGGACAUAAUCACAAUUAUCAAUUAUGAAAUACUCAGAAAUCCUAUUUUUUUUUAUCAUUGCAAUUAACACAGUUUUUGUUAUUCAUCUCUGUACCCGUUUCAUUUUGUGUCCCUCAUACUGUGUCUGUACACAAGAAACAUCAUGUGACUGCAGCCCGUUGCACAAACAUCCAGUCAUUCUCACCCACAACAGUCUUAAAGCACCGGUGUACAUAAAUAAUGACGACCUAAUGUGCAGUUGUUGUAAAUAAGGGCCUUGGUUUUGUAUUGUGACAUAGUCCAAGAUUUUAACCUGUGGAAGCACUUGGGAAAGAAAAAUAUUGAGAAAAUUGUUUUUUUGGGGAAAGGAUAUGUAAAUGAGGGGGGGGGGGGGGGUAAAAAUAAAGGGAGGGUGACUUUUUCCACUUGUAAAGAAACUUUGACAACACAGCAGCUGCACACAGUUCAAAUAGUUGUAAAACACCAGGGAGUGCUUGAUUAUUCGUACCUCUUCGUGAAAAUGUUUUGAGGAGAAGUAAUCAAGCACUUUCCAGCGAUUGCAGUUAUUUCAAAUGUGUUUGGGUUUAAUGUUGUCUUGGUUUGUUGUAUAGCGUCUUGCAUGCUCCUCCAUAUACAACUAUGUUAUCUUAGUGUAGUCAGUAGAGUAGAAACGAGCAAAAUAUAAAAAACCUGCAU